AGGACUAACCGGAGUGUGAUUUUUCCUUUCAAACUCAGAACGAGGCGGUGGAAAUCGAAGGAAGCAAUGUAAACGUUAAAACUACGAACCAUCAUGCUCCAAGCCAAUACAUGGCCUUAGUUGAAGUUGUACAGUCCCACGGAGGAACAGGCCCAGAAAUAUCACCUUAUUCAAAAAUAAAUGAAUAUGCUUCAUUGCACCCAGGAACUCGUUCAUGGGAAGUUCCAAGAGAAAAUAUCAUCAUUGAAAAGAUAAUAGGUAAGGGUGCUUUUGGACAAGUGGCGCAAGGAAAAGCUUCACAGCUUCGAGGGAGAGACGGAACAGUUACAGUGGCGAUCAAAAUGUUAAAAGAUAACGCUACGGAGAAAGAAAGAAAUGAUUUGCUGUCAGAACUUGAAGUGAUGAAGAAACUCAGGCCUCAUCGUCAUGUCAUCAGACUGCUUGGAUGUGUCACUGAAUCUGGUAAAUCAUAGUUAAUAGAGGGAAAUGGUUAGGAAGGCCAGUAAACACCAAAGAAGCAAACAAACAGGCUAAGAUUUAUGUUGGUAGUCCCUUGACCCUGCACAUCUUUAGUUUCAUGCUCACUGACUAUGCAUAAAUUACAUAAUCGCAAUGCUUCUAUUGGUUAGUUUUGUGAGCACAUGUAACCACCUUUUGUAUUUUGCCAGGUUUUGUGCAGGGUCAACCCCCAGAUAGCAAACAAAAACACACAAGAAAGAACUUUGGCAAGUUUUCUAACCAUUUCCCUCAAUUAACUAUGGGUAAAUAAAACCACAAAGAUUUUUCAUCAUCAAAAAUAGUCUAAUGCACUUACAGUGUACAUGGAAGACCUGCAUGGAAUUCGAAGGUGCUGUAGACAAAAAAUGGUCUGUGUAUUGAAAUCCAGACUAAGCUGGCUAAGUGAUUGUUAUUAAUAUUUAUUUUUAUUCGCUUCAAGCUUUUGAUCCCAGAGUUGAUAUAUCAGCCCUUCGAUACCAUUUUUGACCUAUUCAUGGUGGAUUACUAGAUUUGAGUUGAUACCUAAUAUUUGCCUGAAAAGUGACGCAUUAAUGUUCUCCAUUUUAAAUUAAAAUAGCUGAAAUAAUUACAAAUCGUUGCGGGCUCAACAUUGUUUUUCUCAUCAGGAGCCAGAGCUAACCGGAAGCUCAAAUAUUCGCCAGGUCUGGUUGCUAUGGGGUGACGUCCUUUAUGUGUUAUGUUGCUGUCGUCGCAAGAAUUUUGCGGUUCUAUUGUGGUUUUGCGAUAAUUGCUUUCAAUGAGAGACAUUAAUUGUGUACAAAAGUAAUCUGGUCAUUUUCAGAUAUGAUCUGGCCACACAAUUGAUGUUUUAUAAUAAAUUUUCACAACGCGGGAAUAUUGCGCGGUCAUAUAUACUAAAGACUUCGACUUCGAAUAAACCCGUCAUCGGUCGUUGAAAACGGAGACAAAACGAGAUUUGUCUCUGAGUUAGAAGAUAUGGUAUUUCUGCUGACGCAUUUGUGCGAAAUUGAGCCAGUUUCCAAUCGAAUUUGCCUCGAGGAGUUACAGAAGAUGCGCGGGUUUUCUUUUCACGGGAAGGGCAACAAAGAAUCGGCCCUGCUUGUUCAUUUGGAUUGGUUGUCGCUUAAACCAUGAAACAGUUGUUGAAAGCCAAACGAAACCGACAACCACGAUUGAUUUAUACAUGAAUUCAUUCACCCAAAACGACGGAGAGAACCGACAAAGUGUCUUCAGCUAGCGCUGCCCGUGACCAACCUCCUAGAGCAUCAAAUCAAGAUAACAGCUUCAAGACUCAACAAGCCGAACGCACUAAGUUAAGUCAUCCGAUUAAUCCUUUAUUUAUAUCACAACUUAUCCGUAUUGUCAUGCUUUUAGAUUAUAUGGGGACUAGAUAGCCACUAAAAUGUUAAAUCACUAUUUUUAUUCGUGGGUUAGACCCUGGACUGAGGUCUCUGGUACACUAGUUUUCUAAAAGACAAAAAUCACCAUAUAUUUUACAAAAG